ACUUUAAAAGUCCCCCCCCCCACCCUUCUCCAAUUAAGUGAAUGGCCUCCGGUCCCCGUCGGUACUCUACUUGCUCGUCUUCUUUGCAUCGUCGUUCUUCCUAGUCAUGGCCGCUCAUUCUGCGGAGGAACCAUUCCCCUUUCACGGGCUGCUCCCUAAGAAAGAGACGGGCGCUGCGUCGUUUCUCACGCGGUACCCGGAGUACGACGGCCGCGGCGUGCUCAUCGCCGUUCUUGACACCGGCGUGGACCCCGGCGCUCCGGGCAUGCAGAUCACGACGGAUGGGAAGCCCAAGAUAGUUGACAUCAUUGACACCACUGGCAGCGGAGAUGUGAACAUGUCGACCGUGGUAGAGCCAAAGGACGGCACAGCGCUGGGCCUGUCUGGCAGAACUCUCAAGAUCCCACCAACAUGGGUCAAUCCAUCUGGGAAGUAUCACAUUGGGGUCAAGAAUGGCUAUGAGUUUUUCCCCAAAGCUCUGAAGGAAAGGCUGCAGAAGGAGCGCAAGGAAAAGAUGUGGGACCCCGCACACAGAGCUGCCGUGGCUGAAGCCUGCCGCAAAGCAGAGGAGUUUGACGCCGCGCACCCCUCCCCCUCACAGACGGAGAAGCUGUGGAAGGAGGAACUGCAGUGUCAGUCAGAGCUGCUGGCAUCUCUCGAGAAGAAGUACAGCGACCCGGGGCCUGUGUAUGACUGUGUGUCGUGGCAUGAUGGUGUCACAUGGAGAGCAGUGGUUGACUCCUCAGAGUGUGGAGAUUUGGCCUCUUGCACUGUGCUCAGCCCAUUUCGUGAGCAGCAGGAGUUUGCCUCCCUGGGAAACUCGGAGAUGCUCAACUACUCCAUCAACAUCUAUGACGAGGGCAACACCCUCUGCAUCGUCACCAGCGGAGGUGCUCAUGGUACACAUGUAGCCAGCAUUGCUGCGGGAUAUUUCCCAGAGGAGCCUGAACGGAACGGUGUGGCCCCUGGAGCACAGGUUCUCGCCAUCAAGAUAGGGGACACCCGUCUUAGUACCAUGGAGACCGGGACAGGCCUCAUCCGAGCGAUGAUAGAAGUCAUAAACUACAAGUGUGACCUUGUUAACUACAGCUAUGGGGAAGCUACUCAUUGGCCAAACUCAGGGAGAAUCUGUGAGGUGAUCAGUGAAGCUGUGCAGAAGCAUAAUGUCAUCUUUGUAUCAAGUGCAGGCAAUAACGGGCCAUGCCUUUCCACCGUGGGCUGUCCUGGAGGAACCACCAGCAGUGUGAUUGGUGUGGGUGCAUAUGUCACCCCUGACAUGAUGGUGGCCGAGUACUCGCUGCGAGAGAAGCUACCAGCGAACCAGUACACCUGGUCAUCCCGGGGGCCAAGCACAGACGGAGCAUUGGGUGUCAGUAUCAGUGCCCCGGGUGGCGCCAUCGCCUCAGUGCCCAACUGGACGCUCCGCGGCACACAGCUGAUGAACGGAACCUCCAUGUCUUCCCCUAAUGCAUGUGGGGGUAUUGCCUUGGUGCUUUCAGGGCUGAAGCAUGAUGGUGUCCGCCCUACCUUUGCCGCGGUCCGCAGAGCACUGGAGAAUACUGCCAUUAAAGUUGAUGACAUUGAGGUUUUUGCACAGGGGCAUGGAAUCAUUCAGGUGGACCGGACAUUUGACUACCUCAGCCAACACGCUUCCCUGCCCACCAGUAACUUGGGCUUCACUGUUACUGUUGGAACCCAGCGUGGCAUCUACCUCAGGGAUCCUGUUCAAGUCUCUGCCCCCUCUGACCACAGUGUGGGCAUUGAGCCCAUCUUCCCAGAGAACACCGAAAAUAUUGAGCGCAUCUCACUUCAGCUGCACUUGGCGCUAACCUGCAAUGCCUCUUGGGUCCAGUGCCCUUCACACUUGGAGCUUAUGAACCAGUGUCGCCAUGUCAAUGUUCGGGUGGACCCUGUGGGGCUCCGAGAGGGGCUACACUAUACUGAGAUUUGUGGAUAUGAUAUUACAGCUCCAAGCUCAGGCCCACUGUUCAGAGUACCCAUAACUGUUGUUAUUCCCACAAAGAUUACUGAAGCCUGCAAUCAUGACGUCUGCUUCACGAAUGUUCACUUCAAACCUGGGCAGAUUCAAAGGCAUUUCAUCACUGUCCCUCAGGGAGCAUCAUGGGCAGAAGUCACUCUUACCUCCCACUCUGGCGACGUGUCUUCCAAGUUUGUUCUGCACGCUGUGCACCUGGUGAAGCAGCGAGCAUACCGAGCCAAUGAAUUUUACAAAUUUUCCUCUCUGUUGGAGAAGGGCUCCUUGACAGAAGCCUUUCCUGUGCUGCCAGGGCGGACUAUGGAGUUUUGUAUUGCGCGGUGGUGGGCAAGUCUGGGUGACGUCAACAUUGACUAUACGAUCUCCUUCCAUGGACUAUUCGUCAGCCCAUCGCCUUUGCACAUUCAUGCAUCAGAAGGAGUUUCCACCUUUGAAGUCCUGUCUUCACUGAGAUAUGAAGAUAUUUCCCCUAACAUCACCUUGAAAAACUGGGUUCAGCCCUUGAGGCCUCUGAGUGCAAAGACAAAAGCCCUUGGCCCACGGGACAUCCUGCCCAACAACCGACAGCUCUACGAGAUCAUCCUCACAUACAGUUUCCAUCAGCCUAAGAGUGGUGAGGUGACCCCCAGCUGCCCACUGCUCUGUGAGCUUCUCUACGAAUCUGAAUUUGACAGUCAGCUGUGGCUAUUGUUUGACCAGAACAAGAAGCUGCUGGGAUCUGGAGAUGCCUACCCUCACCAGUAUUCUUUAAAGCUGGAUAAGGGGGACUACACGGUGCGCCUGCAGGUGCGUCAUGAGCAGGUGAGUGAGUUGGAGCGUCUCAAGGAUCUGCCCUUCAUCGUGUCCCACCGCCUGUCCACCACGCUGAGCCUGGAUGUCUUUGAGAUGCACAAGAAUGCCUUGGUAGGCAAGAAGAAGGCAAAUUCUCUCACCCUGCUGCCUGGCUUCUCCCAGCCCUUCUACAUCACUUCCCUGCCUGAUGACAAAAUUCCUAAAGGGACGUGUCCAGGGUGCUACCUGACGGGAUCCCUUGUACUUCCGAAGGGAGAAUAUGGAAAGAAAGCAGGGCAGGCCUCAGCAAAACGACAAGGGAAGUUUAAAAAGGACAUAGUGCCUGUCUUCUAUCAUCUGAUAUCUGCGCCAAGUAAGACGAAAAAUGGAGCGAAAGAGAAGGAUGGUGAGAAGGAAAAAGAUGUGAAGGAGGAGUUCAACGAAGCUCUGAGGGACCUAAAGAUACAGUGGAUGACAAAGUUGGAUUCGAGUGCUCUCUAUGAGGAGCUGAAGGAGAACUUCUCCGCUCAUCUGCCUCUACACGUUACACGGCUGCAUCAGCUGGACUCUGAGAAGGAGCGCCUGAAGCGUCUGGGUGAGAUAGUCGCAGCCGCAGAUGUCGUCAUUUCCCUCAUUGAUCAAACGGCGCUGGCUGUCUUCUUCUCAAUGAAGACUGACCCUCGCCCAGAUGCAGCUGCCAUUAAAAGUGAUAUGGAGAAGCAGAGGUCUUCUCUGCUGGAUGCUUUGUGCCGGAAAGGGUGUGCUCUGGCUGAUCAGCUCCUUCAGCCACCCCAGCAGGAUGGAGCCAGCGCUGGCGAGGUGGGAAGUUCUGACGAUGAGCCGGAGGGCUUGGCCAAGUCACUGGCGGACACCUUCUGGGAGGUGCAGAAAUGGGCGGAGCUCAAUGACCCCAAGGUUUUAUUGUUUGCAUACAAACAUUCUUUAGUAAAUAAAAUGCACGGCAAAGCCUUGAAAUAUGCAUCCAAGAUUGUGGAAGAUAAACCCAGCAAGGAGAACUGGAAAAACUGCAUCCAGAUGAUGAAGUCACUUGGGUGGGCACAUUGCGCCUCAUUUGCUGAAACCUGGAUCCCAAUUAUGUACCCUCCAGACUACACACCUUUCUAA